AUGAAUACCUCGUCGUCAUCUAUUCAGUAUAAUCUACAAGCUGAAAUUAAUAAAGCAUCGAUAUAUGUUUAUCCAAUUACAAUAAUAUUAACGAUUACGACAAAUAUAAUAAAUAUUUGUGUACUUUGUCGUCGAAAUCUUCGAUUAUCUUCUAGUACACAAUAUUUUCUUGCGUUUGCUUUCUCAAGUAUAUUGUAUACAUGUGAAAUACCUGUCAUGAUGUUUAUUCGUAUACGUUUUGGAAUUAUUGUCACAUCAUCAUCAUUUGGAUGUCGAUUACAAACAUUUAUGAUAAAUAUAUUACCAUUAUUUAUUUCAAUUAUGUUAGUAUUUGCUUCAAUGGAUCGAUUUUUUGCUAGUUCAUCAACAGUAAAAAUGCGCAAUUUGAGUCAAGUACAUAUCGCAAGACGAAUUAUAAUUCUUACUAUCAUAUUGAUCAUUAUCUAUAUAUCUCCAAUUGUUUUUAUCUAUUAUUUUAAUUCUCAUAUAAAUCAAUGUAUUUCAUAUUCAUCAACAAUUUCUAUUAUUUAUCUUUCAAGUCGAAUCAUUUUUUCUUAUAUUAUUAUACCAUUAGCUAUGCUUAUAUUUGGUUUCUUAAUAAUACGUAAUAUUCAAAAUCAAACACAUCGUAUUGCUCCAUUCAUCUCAAAUAUCAAACAACAAAAUCGUCGUCGUGUAGAAAAUCAAUUGACUCGAAUGUUAAUUAUACAAGUGAGUGCAUAUAUUAUUUUUUCUACACCGGCUGGUGUUGGUUAUACAUUAGUAACAUUUAUUCCAUCAAUGAAUACAGUUUUUAUGAAUCAAUUACGAAUUAUUUUUACUCUUUGGCAACAAAAUAUUUAUUUUUUAUCCUUAUUUCUUUAUAUAAUUUCAUCAAAAACCUAUCGACAAGAAUUUAUACAUAUGUUUAAAUUUAAUCAUUUUUAA